CUAAGUUCAGGUCACAGCGGCAGACGACGCACGCUUUUCGUAAUCCUAACCUCCACCGGUGUUUAUUUAUUGUCAGCAUUUCUGCUUCUACGUAUUGUAAACCCUCCGUGUUAGUUUGUUCAGCUAUUCUUUGGAUUGGGUAAACGCUUUUUUUCAUAAGCAAAAUCAUUUACGAGAAACUUUCACGAUGGAUGCCGACCUUUACGACGAGUUUGGGAAUUACAUCGGUCCUGACUUGGCAUCCGAGAGCGAGGACGAAGCUGAGUAUGGAAACGGUGGAGACGAUGCUGCGGAUCAAGAGCGAUCCGACGAAGAGAUGGAAGAAGAUAAGGACGAGGUUCGGGAGCAUCCUGACCAAAGCACGAUGGCUGUUGUCCUCCACGAAGACAAACGGUACUAUCCAAGUGCUUUGGAAGUUUACGGGCCAGAGGUGGAAACUCUGGUGCAAGAAGAAGAUGCCCAGCCCCUUGAUAAGCCAUUGAUUGCGCCAACCAGAAGGCCAAAGUUUCAAAUUAAGCAACAGCAACUGCCUGACACCACGUACAGUAUCGAGUUUCUUGCAGACAUGAUGGAUGCCCCUCACCUCAUACGAAAUGUUGUACUCCUGGGUCAUCUACAUCAUGGUAAAACGACUCUCGUUGACUGCCUCAUUCGUCAAACUCACCCUUACAUGCACAGUGUAACGGACGAAAAGGCACUCAGGUACACUGACACCUUGUUUACUGAACAGCAGCGCGGUGUGUCAACAAAAGCAACGCCGGUCACUCUGCUGCUCCAAGAUGUUAAGGCUAAAUCGUACUUGUUAAACGUGUUCGAUACUCCAGGGCACGUCAACUUCUCCGAUGAGGCAACAGCUGCCAUCCGAAUGUCGGAUGGGGCUGUGUUGGUUGUAGAUGCAGCAGAAGGUGUGAUGCUAAAUACGGAGCGUCUGCUGAAGCAUGCGCUACAGGAAAAACUCGCGCUGACCGUUUGCAUCAAUAAAGUGGAUAGACUAAUACUGGAAUUGAAGUUGCCCCCUCUAGACGCCUACUACAAGCUGCGGCACAUAAUUGAGGAAGUGAACGGGCUUAUUGCUCUGUACUCUGACUCUGAGAAUCCCGCGUUCGUCUCCCCAGCUUUGGGCAACGUCUGCUUCGCCAGCUCGGAGUACAAUGUUUGCUUUACUCUUAGAUCAUUCGCUGCUCUCUAUGCCAAAAAUCAUCCGCAGCUUAACGCUACAGAAUUCGCAAAGCGGCUUUGGGGCGAUGUAUACUUCAAUUCGAAAACUCGAAAGUUCACCAAAAAACCGCCGCAUAAUACCGCUCAGCGAAGUUUUAUCGAAUUUAUUCUUGAACCGCUUUACAAGAUUUUUGCACAGGUCGUUGGAGACGUCGACACUACACUUCCGGAUGUGCUUGACGAAUUGGGCAUCAGGUUAAGCUCCGAAGAAAUGAAAAUGAAUAUCAGGCCACUUCUGAGAUUGGUCUGCACAAGAUUCUUGGGCGACAUGAGUGGGCUCGUUGAUAUGUGCGUAGCUCAUGUGCCUAGUCCACAUUCUCAUGCUCCAGUCAAAGUUCGACACGUCUAUACUGGCCCUCCAGAUUCACCGCUUGCGCAGGAUAUGACCAACUGUGAUCCAGACGGUCAACUGAUGGUACACAGUACAAAAAUGUAUCCCACCGAAGAUUGCACCUUGUUUGUUGUCCUGGGAAGGGUGAUGUCCGGAACUUUGGAGGCGGGAGCGCGAGUUCGGGUCUUAGGUGAGGCUUAUUCUAAAGCUGACGAAGAGGACUCACGAAUAUUAACGGUCGGUCGCUUGUGGAUCAGCGAAGCACGUUACUCCAUAGAACUGAAUCGAGUACCCGCUGGUAAUUGGGUGUUGAUAGAAGGUAUCGACAGGCCAAUAGUCAAAACGAGCACCAUAACUGAUUUAAGCAAUUCCGAUGACUUGCACAUAUUCCGACCAUUGAAAUUCAACACUCAGAGUGUGAUAAAGAUUGCUGUUGAACCUGUUAAUCCGUCGGAACUACCAAAAAUGUUGGACGGGUUGAGAAAGGUGAACAAAAGCUAUCCUCUUCUUGGCACAAGGGUCGAGGAGAGCGGCGAACACGUUGUUCUCGGUACCGGUGAACUCUAUCUGGAUUGCGCCAUGCACGACCUGCGCAGAAUGUACUCCGAAAUUGAUAUUAAGGUUGCCGAUCCCGUCGUCGCCUUCGCCGAAACGGUGGUCGAGACAAGCUCCUUGAAAUGCUUCGCCGAAACUCCCAACAAGCGAAAUAAACUGACGAUGAUUGCCGAGCCUUUGGAAAGAGGAUUAGCAGAGGAUAUCGAGGCGGAACAUGUUCGUAUCACUUGGAACAAAAAACGCCUGGGUGAAUUUUUCCAGACAAAGUACGACUGGGAUUUGCUCGCGGCGCGAAGCAUUUGGGCGUUUGGUCCCGACUCCACUGGACCAAACAUUCUGGUCGAUGACACACUGCCCUCGGAGGUAGAUAAAACGCUUUUGGGAAGCGCAAGGGAUGCCAUUGUUCAAGGAUUCCAAUGGGGAACCAGAGAAGGACCUCUUGCUGAGGAGCCUAUCAGAAAUGUAAAAUUUAAGAUAUUGGACGCUGUUAUUGCCCAGGAACCCCUGCACAGAGGAGGUGGCCAGAUUAUUCCAACUGCUAGGAGAGUCGCUUAUUCGGCAUUUUUAAUGGCCACUCCUCGUCUGAUGGAGCCGUAUUUGUUCGUCGAGGUCCAAGCGCCGGCCGAUUGUGUUUCGGCGGUUUACACGGUCCUCGCGAAACGCCGCGGACACGUUACACAAGACGCACCAGUUCCCGGGAGUCCGUUGUAUACGAUAAAAGCAUUCAUCCCAGCGAUCGACAGUUUCGGCUUCGAAACGGACUUGCGAACCCACACCCAAGGCCAGGCGUUUUGCCUCUCAGUCUUUCAUCACUGGCAAAUCGUGCCAGGAGAUCCUCUUGACAAAAGUAUAACCAUCAGACCUCUCGAACCUCAGCCAGCCACCCAUUUGGCCAGAGAAUUCAUGCUCAAAACUAGGAGACGCAAAGGCCUCUCUGAAGACGUUUCUAUCAACAAGUUCUUUGACGAUCCUAUGUUGCUUGAACUCGCUAGGCAGGAUGUGUUACUCAAUUAUCCUCUUUAGGCGGGAUAAAAAUCCUCAUCAAAUAUAUUAAUCCAGAACGAAUUACCCACAAGACAGGGGACAAUACCGAUACAAGUGAUACAGCGGUUCAUAUUUCAAACUGUAAUUUCGUAACUAACAUGGAUCAUAGUGUCGCCAUGCAUUGAUAUCACAGGUACGUGACAUGUAUGCCAAAGCUUAGACAUGCAUCGAGAUGACGAUUGUUUGCGGGAAAAUAAAGUAAUAUUUUAUUUUUUGCAUUGUAUUCACCACCUCAUUCCAUACCAUAAUUUUCUUACAGAAAAACGUAGAGUAAGGUAUAAGAGGUCGAGUUUAAUUAAGACAGUGAUCAUUUUACUAUCGGAAUUGUCAAUAAAAUUUUUUUUUUAAACUGUAACGAAUAAAAUCUAUUUAUAAU